AGUCAGCAGCAUAUAAACAAUGUAGAAACAACAGUAAACUGAAUGUGCUUCUCCAUACAUGCUGUAUAGUAUAGUUUACAUUCAGCCAAACAGAAAAAGGUAUGAGGCUUUUGAACAGUGCGCGCUGCUCUGUGUGUUCACAACCAUUGAUAUAUUCAACAAAACCAAAUUGGCAUUCAAGUCCAAGUGAACAGUGACUAGUACGUAAUGUUGCUACGGUAGUGUUGUGUGCAUUGUUCAUUUCGAUCCAACCCGAACCGACCGAAAAAAGUUUUUUUUUUACGUUCGCGUAAGGCAUUGGGAAAAAGCCACACACAUCAGACACGAAUUUUUUUUUUUUCCUUCAUCAAAAUAUUUCGUCCGAAAAUUUUAUUAAAAAAAUUUUCAAAAUUUUCAAUAAAAUUUAUUUCAAACGCAUUUGUACGGAAUUUGCGUCAAAAUUUGCAUGAUUUCGAAUGGAUUUUCAGCGUUUUAGUGAAAUGACAUCACCUGAAAUCAGCUUAAGUAAAAAGAUAUCAAAAAUGUCCGAUAUUGAGUUGACAAACAGUGCAUCAAGUGAAUUGAGUGCGGGCUUUUCAACACCACCAUCAUCAUCGCUUGACACAUGCGAUUCGGGUUUUAAUGAUUUAUAUUCGAAUAGUUUUACAUUGAUAAGUUCGGCGAGUAGUAAAAGUAGUUUGCGCACAACGCCCGCUCAAAUUGAUCACUCAGAUUCGUCGCCCGAAUCGGAGCAACUGUUUGACGAUAAUUCACUGAUCACAACAGCAACCGAAUCACAGGCACAAACACCACAGAAUGAUGGCACCGAUGAUGGUGCGCCAUCGUAUGAUGUGUGCGGUAGCGAUCAAAUCAAUGAAGCCCAAUUAGACUUAAAUAGCUUAGAUUAUGAUCACAUAACUAAUGCCUGUGCAAGAGACACAACGACAGCGUCGACGACGACGACGUUGACGGCGACAACGGUCGUGGCUAGCAAGAGUAAAUACAGCAGCGGAGAGAAUGACGCUGAUGACUACAAUGAUGACAGUAAUAUGUCCGAUAUAUCGGAUUUAUCCGAUGUUUUCAAGCUCAACUCAGACAUUAUGCCUGAAAUGCAACGUUCUAUUGACUGGGUGCAUAUGCAAAUUGCAUCGGGUGUGAAUCCACGCGACUGCCUAUCACGGAUAUUUGUGAACAGCCCAAAGCAAACAAUACCCGAAAAUAUCACCGACAAUGAUCUAUGGCGCGUUAUUGCCGCCAUUCUGUCCGAUCCGCCGCGACGGCAGCGUUUGCAACAGGUGCAAACUAUCGAACAAGUGUGCGACACAAUAAAAAAAUCAAAAAAUAUAAUAGUAUUAACGGGGGCUGGAGUGAGUGUAUCGUGUGGCAUCCCCGAUUUUCGAUCACGCGAUGGCAUUUAUGAGCGUCUACGCAUCGAAUAUCCAGACAUGCGUGAUCCACAAUCCAUGUUUGAUAUUGGCUACUUUGCUCGCGAUCCGCGUCCAUUCUAUCAAUUUGCAAAAGAAAUUUACCCAGGACAAUUUCAACCGUCACUAUCACAUCGCUUCAUCAAAUUGCUCGAACGCCAAGGUAAACUGCUACGGAAUUACACACAGAACAUUGACACAUUGGAACGAGUGGCCGGCAUUGAAAAUGUAAUCGAAUGCCAUGGAUCAUUUGCGACGGCCAGUUGCACACGAUGCAAAUACAAAGUGGACGCAAUCGAUAUACAAGAUGAUAUACUGCAUCAACGGAUUCCGAUGUGUAAACUGUGUGACACACCGAAAGACGACGAUGAUGGACUGAUGAACCCACGACCCGAACAACCCUUCAACUACAAUCAAUUGGUGGCGGCCGGCGUUAUGAAACCAGACAUUGUAUUCUUUGGCGAAAGUCUGCCCGACAAAUUCCACUCGACCAUCGAACUCGAUAAGACUAAUUGUGAUCUAUUGAUCGUAAUCGGAUCAUCGCUGAAAGUGCGACCGGUCGCGCUCAUACCAAGCUCAAUCAAUCAAACGAUCCCACAAAUUCUGAUCAAUCGCGAACAACUCGAUCACUUUGUGUUCGAUGUCGAACUGCUCGGCGAUUCCGAUGUCAUCAUCAAUCAUUUAAUGCACACGCUCGGGGAAGACUGGAAUGAGAUUUGCCCACAGGCAGCAUUGAAACAGACGAACGAGCUCAUCCUUAGUCCUAUGAAUGUUCACAAUAUACCUCCAUUACUAGCCAAUGCUGUGAUUAAGAAGCCACACGAGCCUGCUGUCAGUGCAUCGUCGGCGGCGACGUCGUCGUCGUUAUCAAAUGACAAUGCAACACCAACACCCGCUUCAGAUGAGUCUCAAACGGACAGUAGUAAUAGUAGUUCAAAUUGGCAACAAUUGUCGUCGACGUCACAAGACUCCAUCGAAUCGGUUGACGAAAGUAAUGCAUCGCAUCAUCGAUCGUCCACAUCCGAAUCGUAUCCGCCGUCGAUGGCCAAUUUUUUGCCCGACAAUUCCUUUUUCUACAACGAAAAGAACUGUUACAUAUUCCCGGGUGCCGAAAUUUGGUGGAACAAAGACUCCGAUGAUCUGGAAUCGACCACAUCAUCAGACAGUUCAAUUGCUGAUGAUGAUGAUGUCGACGAUGAUAUCGAAGAUAUGGAAUUGUCGGCAAUCGAACGAAAUGAAAUCAUGAGCGAUGUGGAAACAACAAUAGCCGUGGAUAAUUUGCUGGAAAAUACAAAUGAACACGAAUUUAACAAGUAUUUGCUGAAACGAAAUGCAAACACCUCAUUGGAGAAUAUUCAUCUGGAGGAGAGUGAAAUCGAUGAAUUGAGCCCAAAGCGACUGAGAACAAAGCAACAAUUGACGACGACGGUGACAGCGACGACAACGACGACGACAGAUUUAGUGAUUGAUCAUUUGCACGUCGAACACAACACAAGUACAAUGUGCGAAACGUUGGACAGCAGUUGCAGCAGCAGCAGCAGCAGCAGUAGCAGCAAUAGCAGUAGCAACAGCAGCGAUCCAUCGUUGCCACAAAACGAAGUAUUUUCUCCUAAGUUAUGAAUUAGGUUAAACAAAUUUUUAUAAUUUUCAAAUUUGUGUAUGGACUCUUCUGGGUAAGCGCGUGCGAACGCACGCCAAACAAGAGUUAGAGAAUAUUUUGUGUGUGCUGCAUUGCACACGGUACAAGCCCACACAAGAAAUAACAAUGAGGAAGAAAAAGAGGAAACACAAAACCGUUCGUCUGUAUAUGUAUUUGUUGUUGUCAAAAGAGUAAGUCAUGUGUGUGAAAAUCGGUAAAAUGGAAAGAAAUAGUGUCCACAAAAAAAACAAUUGCGUUGAGAUGAAAAAGAAAAAAAAGAAAAGAAAGCAAAGCGAGAAUAAGUAGCCUUUUUAUCCGCAGUCGCCAUGUCUGAAAUGUUCCAAAAUGCAACAUUUACGUGCUUAAUGAGUGCAUUAUAUGAAACCGAAAACAAACAAGAAAAACUGAAGAGAAUAGGAAACAAAGUAUUUGAGAGGAAGAAAAAAAUAACUGUGGUGAGAUAGAGAGAUAGGGAGUGAGAAAGCGUGGCGAGAUAAAACAAUGCGCCGCCAAUUUCUUUCUUCCUUGUUUUUUUUGGUAGUUUAGUUUUCAAUCAUGCUAACACAUUUAACGGCUAAACGCUAGAACACUAAAAAGAAAAACAAAUCCUUCUUCAGAUUAAUUACUAUUAUAUUUUUUUCUCUUUCUUUAAUCCAGUGAUAUUUUUACCUUGUAUAUACAGGGCAAUCGACACACAAAUCGAUUUGCCCGACAAAUCAACACAAAUCUAUAGAAUACUUAUUAUUAUUAUUAUUAUUUUUUUAUAUUUUUUUCGUCGUCAUUUCUCUAUGAUUUUCUUUUCUUUUCAUUUUCAAUGCUAUUAUUUUGUCAUUAUUCCACUUCAAUUGAAUAUGUUUGGUGUAGCGUUUCUACUACCCUAUUUAACGAAAAGAGAAAAAGAAAGAAAGAUUUUCGGGAAUAUAGAAUGAAAUCACAUUGACGAUAGACUAUCGUCGAUAGCGCAUGCCAAUUAUGCAACAACACUGAACUGAACCAAGAUGCAUGGAGUUCACGCUUGACUCUGUGGCACUCUUUUUCGUGGCCGCUCGUUUCUAUGAUUCGUUUCUCACUGCAGGAAUUACUAUAUAUAUAUUCACGAUUCAAAUAGAACGAUUUAUUGACUGAAUCUGAGAUGAUAAUGAUGAUGGAAAAAAAGCAAUACAAACACACAUACACAUUCUCAUCGGUGCGCGACAAAAUAAUCUAAUAUUUAUUAAAAUAUCAUGUACAUAUACUAAACAAACACAAAAUUGUAUGCGUGCAAAGAGGUCGAAUGCGUUUGACAUGAAAGAAAAUGGUUUGUUUUCUUUUUCCCUUCUUACCGAUGACUGUUGUGAUUAGUGUUUUUUUCCUCUCCCGAAUUUUAUGGAAGUCCAAUAUUCGAUUAUAAAACGAAUUUUAAUGCGAUUUUUGUUCAACUCUUGGAAAUAACACGUUCCGAAUGUACAAACAAUUCAUUUAAUUUCUGAAUUUCUCGAACUGAACCGAAUUCCAAUUUCGGGCGAAACAGGUGCAAUUUUGAGAAUUAUUAAAUUGUCACCCAAAAUUGUCCAACAAUUUUGAACUGAAAAACAAAAACAGAAGAAAAAAAAAUUGAAUCGGUCGUCAAAUUGUCUUUUUUCUCGUAAUUCGAAACAUUUUUGCGCAAAAUAAUUAUUCUUCCAACUAUUUGACUAUUGACUAAAUGAAAAUCAAGCAAAAAAUAAACACACACACACAACUACAUAAUAGUUACAAAUUUCGAUCGAAUCCUAAAAGAAACAAAUUUUAAUAAUUAAAAACAAACACAAAAAAAAGUUUAUAUUUUGAAUGGUUAAUGAUUUAAUGAUGAUAUAAAAACAAAAAAUUAAAAGGAAAGAAAAUGUCAAGAAAAA